ACAAAAACAAAAACAAAAUCAAAAACAAAAAAAAACUCAGUGCGAUGAAACCAACUAAUGGCCCGCGUAGAAUUCGCUUAAUCGAAAUCUUUUAAAAUUGUUAGCGAGAAAUCGUCGAAAUAAGUGCGCAAAUCUUGCAUGACUCCCCUCCCCCCGUUUAACUGCGCUCCAUCCGUUCACCGCGCUCAUCGCCGCCAAUAUGGUUAUCGUAGACUCACCUCGUGUCGCGCAGAAGUAUCUGCGUCGCGUUUCAAAAGACUUUUCAACAGUGCGUCGCUUUAGUUCCGCGCGCCUCCCACACGCCAGCACGCAACUCUCACCGGAUCCUCAGCCUGUGUCGGCGGCGCAGACUGUUGAUGGCAUCGAUAAUGUCAAUGACGUUCCAAUCGGUAAAUCCGAGUCUUUUCGCGGCAUACGGCAGCGGCAGUACGCGCGCAAACGGUCCUCCGUCUCGUCGACACUCACGCGUGUGCUCAUACUUAAUGUACGUGAUUUGCUGAGGGUGACCGAUAUGCGAGAACAGGAAAGUGAGCAUACACCUCGCAGCUGGAUUGAAACAAAUUUCCAAAAGAGAGAAUGCAUCAAAUUCAUACCAUCCAAAGAUGAGACAAA